AUGAAGCCGAGAAAAAGACAUUAUUCACGUGAUUUAAUGAAUUUCGAUAACCUGAGUCACGACAGUCCCAUGGAACAGCUUGUUUAUUAUGAUUUACAACCUGUAUCUGAAAAUAUUAAGGAAAGUUCAUACAACAUGCAAAACAGUACCCGACUGGCUUCCUCUACUGCAGACCUAAGUAUGGAUUUGAGUGGAGAUGAACAUUACAAAAACAAAAGGAAAGCAUCUACACAUGGUAGCGAUUUUGAUGAUGACAACAAUGAUGAUUCAAGGUCUGUUCGAAAUGACAAUAACAAAAAACAUAAUCACAGUGAAAUUGAGAAACGUAGAAGAGAUAAGAUGAACUCGUAUAUUACCGAGCUAGCUAGUAUGAUACCAAUGUGUCAUACUAUGCCACGAAAGUUAGAUAAACUGUCUGUACUCAGGAUGGCCGUGCAACAUAUGAAGACAAUUCGAAGCACCGUUAAUUCAUACACUGAAGGUCAUUAUAAGCCUUCAUUUUUAUCUGAUCAAGAUUUGAAAACUUUAAUCACACACGCCGCUGAAGGUUUUGUACUCGCUGUUAGUUGUGAUCAUGGAAAGAUACUUUAUAUAUCGAAAUCUGUGACUCAGGUUCUGAACUAUAUACCAGAGGACUUGGUUGGGAAUAAUGUUUUCGAUUAUAUCCAUCCGAAAGAUGUAGCUAAAGUAAAGGAACAACUUUCCUGUUCAGACUUUGGCCCUAGAGAUAAAUAUAUCAAUGCAAAUACAAUGUUACCGGUCCGUGCUGAAAUGAUGAAUACAUUGUCAAAAAUGUGUAGUGGAGCUAGGAGAUCAUUUUUUUGUCGAAUGAAGUGUAAAGUAUAUGAUAUAAAAGAAGAAGCAGACACGACUACUGGAUCAAAGUACACUCAAUCAGAUAGACGAUAUAAUGUAAUCCAGUGUACUGGUUACCUAAAACCCUGGACACAGAUAAAUGAAUGUGAGGAUGUAUCUGGGAAGAGUUUGGGAUUAGACGAAGAUAAUGAUGGUAAUGGUGUUGGAGGGGAUUCUGGAUCUCCAAACAAUACAUCGUGUCUGGUAGCCGUUGGUAGAAUUAUUAAUAAUUUGGCUUCCUCUUCACUUUUAUCGGACAUAGUAAAACCACCAUGUUUUACCUCAAAACACACAAUUGAUGGAAAAUUUCUGUCCGUGGAUCAAAGAGUGACAUAUAUUGUUGGGUUUUUACCUCAAGAAUUAUUAGGUACUAGCAUGUAUGAAUACUUUCACCAAGAUGAUAUUGCUAGACUUGUAGAUAUCCACAAAGCAACACUUCAAGAGUGUAAGCCAAAAGAUACAGAGAUUUAUAAAUUCCGGGCUAAAAACAAAACAUUUGUAAACUUACGGAGUUCAUGGAAAAGUUUUCGAAAUCCUUGGACUAAAGAUAUAGAAUUUAUUGUUGCUAAUAACAUUUUGACUAGGACAGAUUUCAAACCCGAUAGCAGCAACAAAUCAGAAUGUUCUUCACAGGGGCAAUCUCAAAACAACCAUGAUAGUUUUACAGACCAGCAAUUGUCAAAAAGCCAACAGCAGCUGGGUAAUAGAGAAAUACAAAACUUGAUUACUUCACAUAUAGAAGCAAACAAAAUCGGAAGACACAUUGUUGAUACUACUUUGGAUGUAAAGAAGGCAAUGUGUGAUACCGACAGUUCUCCUCCAAACUCUCUAAAAGAUACAAUAGAAAAAGAGUCCAACAAUGACCAUUUACAAUUUCUGAGUUCACCGCUGGCGAUGCUCAACGAACCAGGCACGUUGUCGAGUAGUGGCGGCGACGGCGGCAGUGGAGAUACAGAUUCGUCGUACACCGCGAUCCAGGACAGCGUGAAUCUGAUGAACUCGACCAAUACUAAUAAUGACUCGGAGAACAUACUCAGUGAAAUAAUGACAUCGUCUCCACAACAGUUAUCUAAUUUGGGAACUAGCGACGAAGCCGCUAUGGCUGUCAUUAUGAGUCUCUUGGAAGCCGACGCCGGACUAGGUGGACCUGUUGAUUUUUCCGGAUUACCAUGGCCUUUGCCGUAA